GUUGGAAUAUGGUGAAGUGGGAGCCAUAACGAACAGAACGAAAAACGACUGUCAUGAUAUCCACAGCAAUCCAUGUUUUAUGCUGCUUCUACAGUCACCUAAAUACCGAUUGAGUGGUCUUAAUCCGAAUACACAAUAUAAUAUCUCACUCAAGGCUUACAACAGUCAAGGAAAUGGUCCUCCCAAAUAUUUUACCUUUCAAACUGCAUCACUUACUUUGAGUAAGUAUUUGAAUUGCAUACCCUGUACAGUCUGUAGUCAGUUUGACUGCUUCGUUUAUGAUUGUUUUCAAUUCUUUUAUUUCAUUUGUUGAUUGAUUGUAAGUUUAUAUUGUAUUUCCCCCUUCCUUCUUCUAAAUAAGCCCAGGGUUGACCAUUUGUAAUAUUUGGGUCAUUCUGAGAAGAAACGUAAUGCAUCUUUAUAGUAAAAAAUCUCAUCUUGAUCAACUUUUUCAGUGUCAAAGUUCCAGAUGUGAUGUCAUAUUUUAUGUGAAUUUUUGGUACAAAAACAAAGGAAAACUAUAAUUUGCAAUUCACCUAAUGACAUAAUAUCCGGAAACUUUGACAGUGAAAAAGUUGAUCAAGAUGGGAUUUUUUACUAUGAAGACAUAUUACAUUUCUUCUUCGAAUGAGCCAAAUAUUACACAUACCAAAAAUCGUAUUAGUGCUUAUAGUCGCAUUGCAUGUAACCAAUCGGAUACGUACUGAGGCAGUGGUAGCGGUAGUCAAAUCUGAACUGCCGUAAUAACUGUCCUUUAACUUUAAUUUAUUUUAAUUCUAGGUAAAAAGAGUGGCUCUCCGGUGUACAAACAGAAUUGGUUUAUUACAAUUAUUUCUAUCAUUGUUCUGCUCAUGUUCAUUGUUGUAUUUAUUAUAUUUGUUCUAAAUAUCCGACGUUCUGAUCGAUACCUUGGUAAGUGCUUUAUGCUUUAGUAAUAGAAUACAAGUUGCAAAAUUGAGAAACAAGCUUUUAACUGAAGACCGAUGAAAAAAUACGUAUGCUUCGAAGCCAAAACAUGCAUGACAUUCUAUGUGAAUAAGAAACCCCGAUAGCCGGAGUUCAGAAUUCGGAAUUUAUGCCGAUUUAUGAACCCUCUCGCAGUAUUAUAUAGGACAGACCUACCAAACACGAAUUAGGCAACUUAUUCUAAUCUCUACCUAAGCUUCCAUAAACUAAAUCUAGAAUGAUAACUUUAGUUUUCUCUCGCCCUCUCAACAACCUUAUACACAUACAGUUAAUUCAAUGGACAACUUGUAUGUUAGACUAAAUUUUAAUCUAAGUAAAGAGAAGGUAAUCAAACACCACAGCUAAAAGAGAUCAUAAUGAAAUUAGUAAAACUGCAAAAUUUGGUUGCGAAAUGUUGUAAAGCUUGGAAAAUAUAGUCGCGCAAAGGUUGCAAAUUUUGUAUACAGCUAUAUUUCAAUUAAGGUUGUCCCUGAGCAAAGCGGAAAAGUCGAAUACGAGCGGAAAAGUCGAAUACAAGCGCAAAAGGCUUGCUGGGAAUCGCUAAAAAAUUCAUCAAGCCUUUCGCGCUCGUAUUCGACUUUUCCGCUUUGUUCGGGGACAACUUUAAUUGAAAUAGCUGUAUGUUAACUUUCGGCUCAAAAAUGGCAACAAUUACAAACAUAUACAAAAUAUGCAAACUUCGCAAGGCUAUAUUACCGAAAUCAGUAGAGUGUCUUUUCCGGAAGUUGAAAAGACAGUCAAAAGCCAGUAGAAACGUUCACGUUUUAUGACGUCACGGUGAAGGAAUGCAGCGUGGAACUUGUAUGUUAUUUUACUUAUUAGUAACUUUAUUUAGUUUGCAUUUCUUCUCCCAGUGUCUUCCCACGAACAAAGGUUCUCCCUUUGCUCGAAAACUUGUUUUGUGCUUGACUAGCCAUUGGCAAUUUGUCAAACUAAAUAAAGUUACUAAAUAAGUAAAAUAACAUGCAAGUUCCACGCUGCAUUCUUUCACCGUGACGUCAUAAAACAUGAACGUUUCUACUGGCUUCUGACUGUCUUUUCAACUUCCGGAAAAGACACUCUACUGAUUUCGGUAAUAUUCUUGGUAUUUUACAACAUUUCGUAAACAAAUUUUGCAAUUUUACUAAUUUUAAUAAGUUCUUUAGGGGAAUUUACUUUUUCUACCCCAGAUCCAAAAUUAGUCUAACAUGCAAGUUGUCUAUUCUACAUUGUAAAUUUCAAGGAAUUGGUCAACUCCAAAAGUAUUAUUCUAUCACCAUUUUUGGCGUCUACUGGGACAGUAGUCGCCAUGUGCUGUCGACAAGAAGUUUAGAUAUAUGUAUGUUUGUAUGCAGUGGACGGUUCACUUCUCCUGCGAACAGGCUCUUUGGUUAGGUUAAAGCUAGCGCAUCUACGAAAGUUUCCGAACUGUUUACGAUAAAUGGUUUUAUAUCAUUCGUCAUAACUCAAUGCCAAAUAAAUAUUUCUAUAGUCCGCCGUAUUCUCAAACGAAACUUUCUACACGAAAGCGCUUGAAUACAAGGAGUAUUUCACUCCUAUUGACUUGUGGCGAAUUCUAAUUCUGAAGAGUUUAGAAAUUAUUCAACUUUUUCUCGAAAUGAAAUACAGAGAUGACGGCAUUUGACCCCCCGUUCGAAAGGUUAUUUUAUAAGGAUUUCAACGGUGGUUUUCGUUUUAAAGGGGGGAGGGGGUAAAUACUUGCCGAGAUAUUUUAAUCUUCCCCACUCCAAAGUCGGAAAUGUAAAUAUAAACCGGACGGCAUUGACAUUCUUUGUUUUUGAUCCAUUAGACGCCAUGUACGCUAUAGCGUACCUAUUUUUGGUGAAGGCUGUCCUCUGAAUGUCAAAGCUCACCAUCGCAAGAUCUCGACCUGCAAGCGCCACGGAUUGGACGUUCAUUCUUCUUCUUCAUAGUGUUUUGCAAAACACAGCUUUUAUAUAUGGCAGACCAAUAUACCUUUCGCUCUUGGAGGUCGAGGUUUGGCAGUUUCGAGUUUUGCCUUUGAGAAGAUAACCAUUAAUUAAACUGGAUUUUUUUUAUAUCGGAAAGUGUAUAUAGCCUAAAUUACCCCACUAUAGUUCAAGCAUACGUAUACAGAUUGAUGGUCAGAAUUUUGGCAUGCAUUAUUAUAUUCUUAUUUCCUGGAUUUUAGUGGGAAAACGAGAGAGAAAAAAAGGCGGAUUUCUUAAUUUAGACGACAAGCAAUAUGAUCCAGAACCAGAUAUUUCGCCGUCUGAGGAGAAACGAGCAAGUCUUAAAUCCAGGUGAGACGAAUGUACCAAAGGCAAAGUACAGUUAUUUUUUUACAUUUAUUGCCCAUCGCACACAUCAUUGAUAAUUCCAAUGACAAAUAACAAUUCCAAUGUUUUUCAAAUCAUCAAUUGAUUUCCAGCCUCGUGUAAGACUCUCCUAUAUCACAGUUCAUCGUCUUAGACUUAGUCAUGCAAUAUUUUACGAGUUUUAUCUUAUAUAUAGUCAUGAUACAUAAAUCAGUUGAACAGUUACUUCCAAUAGUACUAAAUAUUAAAUCCUGAUUAGUAAACAUGCAAUGCAACCCCAGCUGCUUUAAAGUGCCUACAGUAUAUCACUUGUGGGACCUUUAUGGAUUUGAAAAGAGCGUAAAAAGUUAGUUAAUAAGUUCAAAAGAUUUUUUUGAUAGUGCAGUGACUUCGAAGAACUACUUACAGUUCCUGAGCCCCAGGCUCCUAUGGCUAUGCACAAUGGACAGUUUGGAAAAAGGCCAAAUUCAAUAGCCGUGUUUAGUCCUCAGGAGGCUGGGACUCAGGAACAGUCCAUUGUUUAAAGGCCUAUAUCCUCAAAACUAUUGCACUAAAUAAAAAAAUCUUUUGAACUUAUUAACUAACUUUUUACGCUCUUUUCAAAUCCAUAAAGGUCCCACACGUCAUACAGGCACUUAAAAAACCCAAUAAUUUCAAGGCAAUCACGUUUUUAUUCAUCUACAACAGGAGAAUAGACAAUCAUAUAAAAAUAUGCCCAUGGAUUCGACAGAGCGUUAAUUAUGUGGGGAAACAAUUUAUCUGCACAAAACAUGUAUUGCGUGCGCCACUUAAAAUCAAUCAAUCAAUCAAUCAAGUUUUUCAAUGGGGAAUAGACAACUUGCAUGUUAGACUAAUUUCCGAUCUAGGCAAAAAAAUGUAAAUUCCCGUAAAGAACUUAUUAAAAUUAGUAAAAUUGCAAAAUUUGGUUACGAAAUGUUGUAAAAUACGGAAAAUAUAUAGCCUUGCGAAGUUUGCAUAUUUUGUCCCCGAGCCGGCGGCGCGAAGCGCCGUGCGAGGGUACUAAUUCCCCCCGGCUAUUUACACCCGAGAAAACGAAAGCAUUAGCGAAGUCUAAAGUUCAUCAAUGAGCGCGGGCGUCGGUCACCAACGAUGGGUGGUCAUCCCCACUGAUCUCAAAAAUAUUGCGGACUGUCAUGAAUAACGGGCACUGAUUGGUCCAAUUUAAAGUUUGCAUUAUAACGACUGCAUGACGACAGCGAAAUAGCAAACAUUUCUUGAUUUGAUGAUUGAUAAAUUUCUUGCAAAUAUAUUUCAUUUUUGCUCGUAUUUCUGCAAGAUUUUGUAAAUUUCAAGAAAGAAAGGCCGAAAGAAUCAGCUAAAAGAAGGGAGCCGACGUUAACGAAGGUAAGUUUGUUUUAAAUAUUGAUUUUAUAAUGGCUUUAAAACCAGACGGCCUUUGCGUAUAUGAAACAACUAUAAAACAAAACAGCAUAUAAUUUCAUUGUAUCUUUAAUAUUGAUUCCCUUUUUUAUUAUAUUGAAUUUUUUAAAUAAAAAAUAAAGCAAAGUUAUUUGCAAGCGAGAAUUUGAAAUCAUUUUAUUGCAAACUCAAAGUUUACCGAUAAAGCCAUUUAAUAGUUAAAGGCAGUUUAGUUUUAUAAAGAACACUUUAAAACGUUUUGUGAAUUGUUUGUGGUUGAAUUUUACCUUAACUUGAAGCUUGUAUUACGUAUAAUUACAUACCUAACAUAUAUAUGUUGGGAAAUUGAUAAUUUUGUAAUUAAAAGUGAUAUUUUUAGGCGAUUUUCAUUUGUAAGAAUAUUCUUAAAAAAUUAUCGUGUUACCAUGACAACUACUUUAGAUACUUCAUGUUAUGAAAAUACAACGGUUUUGUCAGCAAGGCGAGGGUUUCUGCAUGCAUGUAUUUUCUAGUAUAUGUUUGUAUCAGCCUCGUACCCAGGCGCUAAAAAUGGGCACACUACAGUGUUUUUACAUAGAUCAGUGGCUCGAGCGCGCGGGGGUGCUUGGGGAGGUUGCAGGAAGCGAAGCGCCUGGCAGAAUUUGUAACAAACAUGGCGGACAUGAGGAUGCAAAUGAGGAAAUUGCUGUACUAUACUCAAUGAAAUUGAAAGGCCUGCCCAUCGAGCGUGACAUUUGGAAAAGAUUUUAUGUCCAAAUGAUCACUGCGUUGAUAAUAAUUAUUUUUCCUCGAAAACGGUAUUAUAUAUUUAUCAUUUUAGCUGGCGAGUUUCCUCAGGACCUCUCGAAAUUUUAUAAUAGAAAGUCUCCUGGUCAUGGUUUAUAUCAAAUGGUUGAAAAUAUGUCUGGUAUUGGAUGCACAUCAUGAAAUGUACUGCCUUUUUGCAGUUUGAAAGAAAAGUAUUCUGACAACAAAGCCAAAGUCAAAGAAACUGGCCAAGUUUAUAACUUUAUAUUCUUGAUAUUUUAAUAAUACAUUGAAUUUUAUAAAUAUGGAAUGUUGAAACUACUAUUUAUUUGUACUGAUGAUACAUUUUACCUCAGAGGAGAAACUUAACUGGAAAAUAUUUAAUGAUUGUAGGUUUCUAAAAUUUUGCCAAUAGAAGGAAUAUAAAUUAACAUGCAUGAGUGCUUUUUAGUAUGAAAAAUAUGGUGAAGAUAAAAACAUAAAUUUUAGAGCUCUAUUGUUGUAACUGGCUGACAAUAUUAAAUUAUAUAAAGCACAAACCAGACCAAACUAAUCUCAUCUCAUGCAUGGUUCACCUGUUG